ACGCGCUACUCUGCUACACUACAAAGCGUCACAGAAGCACGCAAUUUGGGACGCGCCUAUUGUGUCGCCUACUUACAUUAGUUUGAUAGAUCCACGCCUCUGCCGUUGUUGUUUUUUUUUUUUACACUUCAAAGUCAUGAGCGCGAUAACUCAACCCCCUUUACGUAUCAUCGACGAAACGAGCGCCGCUGAGGCUGACUGCGCGCUGGGGUGAGUUUAGUGUCAGCCCUGGGCGGCGGAGCUCAGUCAAAGCCCCUAGAGGCGGAUCGCAACACAGCCUUCCGUUCAGCUUUCAGCACCACGCAGGACUUCACCCGUCUGCGGACAGCGAUGCUCCCGCGCCCGACUCUCGCCCGACUCUUCCUCAUCACCGAUUCCCGUCGGUGUCGGUUUCGAGGAGUUCAGCCAAGGUUCCGACACGCGUGUGACUACAACCGACGCAUCUGAGUUCACGCCGACAAAAGCGCCCUGAAAGUGGAGAGAUCGGACAAAGAGCCGCCGUUCAGAUGCAGCGAUAACUUUGAGGAGGUUUUUUUGCGGACGAACGCCUGAAGAUUGUCACAAUCAUGCCUGUACGGAGAGGUCAUGUCGCUCCACAGAAUACCUUUCUUGGAAUAAUAAUACGGAAAUUCGAGGGGCAGAAUAAGAAGUUCAUCAUAGCCAAUGCCCGGGUCCAGAACUGCGCUAUUAUUUACUGCAACGACGCAUUCUGCGAGAUGACAGGGUUCUCACGGCCAGAUAUCAUGCAGAAACCUUGCACAUGCGACUUCCUGCACGGCGAGCAAACCAAGAGACACGCGAUUGCGCAGGUGGCCCAGGCUCUCCUGGGGUCGGAGGAACGGAAAGUGGAGAUUACGUACCAUCGCAAGGACGGCUCAGACUUCCAGUGCAACACUCACAUCAUCCCAGUGAAGAACGAGGAAGGAGUCGUGAUGAUGUUCAUCUUGAACUUCGAUUACGUUCUAGACGAGGAGAGCAGCGACUCCAUGGAGAGACUCAACCUCACGCCGCCUGCCAAAUCUGAAAUCCGAAAAGGACGAUUCUUCCGCUUCCGUCUGCCGGCCUUGACCCUGCUGGGCACCAGCAAGCAGUCUCUCCCUCAGGACGACCCGGACUCGGUGAUGGUGGACUCUCCCCGGGUCAGUGACGACUCUGCGGCUGUGAUGGACGUCCGAUCGCCGGCCAAGGACGCCUCGAGUCCGGCGGAUGCCAACGACACGCGGGCGCUCAUCAGCUCCAGCCCUCACUCGUCACCCCUCGACCACUCGUCACCCAAACAGCCCUGGGACCGGCCCAGUCCGUCUCAAGCGCAGUCCAGCACCUUCCUGGCCCAGUCCCUGUCCAGAGACAGCAUGAGCAGCAGGAGACGGGCCUCCUCCGUUCACGACAUCGAAGGGCUGAGCGCCAACUCCAAACGCCUGUUUACUGACAGACACGCGAGCGAAGGUCCGUUCAACCACCUGAAGUCCAGUCUGCUGGGAUCCACCUCAGACUCCAAUCUGAACAAAUACAGCACCAUCAACAAGAUCCCGCUCAUCGCGCUCAACUUCUCUGAAGCCAACGAUAAGAAAGCGCCUUCCCCUCCGUCCUCGGAGAAAACCAUCAUCGCGCCGAAGGUCAAGGACAGGACACACAACGUCACGGAGAAGGUCACACAGGUGUUGUCGCUGGGCGCCGACGUGCUUCCAGAAUACAUGCUCCAGACGCCGCGCAUGGAUAAGUUCACCAUCCUGCACUACAGCCCGUUCAAAGCGGUGUGGGACUGGCUCAUCCUGCUGCUGGUGAUUUACACCGCCAUCCUCACCCCGUACUCCGCCGCCUUCCUGCUCAACGACAGCGAGGAGCAAAAACGGCGGGAAUGUGGCUAUUCCUGCAGCCCCCUCAAUGUCGUGGACCUAAUGGUGGACAUCAUGUUCAUCAUCGACAUCCUCAUUAACUUUCGCACCACCUACGUCAACUUGAACGAGGAGGUGGUGAGCCAUCCGGGGAAGAUCGCCAUCCAUUACUUCAAGGGCUGGUUCCUUAUAGACAUGGUGGCGGCCAUUCCCUUCGACCUGCUCAUAUUUGGAUCAGGAUCAGAUGAUACGACGACUCUGAUUGGCCUGUUGAAGACGGCUCGGCUCCUCCGGCUGGUUCGCGUCGCCAGGAAGUUGGACCGUUACUCUGAAUACGGCGCGGCGGUCCUCAUGCUGCUCAUGUGUAUAUUCGCUCUGAUCGCCCAUUGGCUGGCCUGCAUCUGGUACGCCAUCGGAAACGUGGAGAAACCGUACCUGGAGCAUAAGAUCGGCUGGCUGGACAAUCUCGAGGUGUCUCUCGGGAAGAGAUGCAACUCAACUGAGCACUGCUCUGGGCCGAGCAUCAAGGACAAAUACGUGACGGCGCUGUACUUCACCUUCAGCUCGCUGACCAGCGUGGGCUUCGGGAACGUGUCUCCGAACACCAACUCGGAGAAGAUCUUCUCCAUCUGCGUCAUGCUCAUCGGAUCUUUGAUGUACGCCAGCAUUUUUGGGAACGUUUCGGCCAUCAUCCAGCGGCUGUAUUCAGGAACGGCGAGGUACCACAUGCAGAUGCUCCGCGUGAAAGAGUUCAUCCGAUUCCAUCAGAUCCCCAACCCUCUCAGACAGAGACUGGAGGAGUACUUCCAGCACUCCUGGACCUACACCAACGGCAUCGACAUGAACAUGGAGGUCUUAAAAGGCUUUCCUGAGUGUUUACAGGCAGAUAUUUGUCUCCAUCUGAACCGCAGUCUCCUUCAGGGAUGUAAGGCUUUCAGAGGUGCUACUCAAGGAUGUCUGCGCGCUCUCGCCAUACGCUUCAAAACCACCCAUGCCCCUCCUGGAGACACGCUGGUGCACUGCGGGGACGUCCUCACCGCGCUCUACUUCCUGUCUCGAGGAUCCAUCGAGAUCCUCAAGGACGAUAUCGUGGUGGCCAUUCUGGGUAAGAAUGACAUAUUCGGGGAGAUGAUUCACCUGUACGCCAAGCCGGGAAAGUCGAACGCAGACGUGCGAGCGCUCAGCUACUGUGACCUGCACACCAUCCAGAGAGAGGAGCUCCUGGAGGUCCUGGACAUGUAUCCAGAGUUCGCCGACUACUUCCUGACCAACCUGGAGCUGACCUUUAACCUGCGGGAUGACAACUCAAAGGCCACGUUUUCACAAGCCAGCGAUUCAGACGGAGAGGAGACCAAGAGCCGAAGGAAGAUCUCCUUCAAACGCAAACCAUCCAAAGGAGGAAGCGUGAAGGAAACAGACAGCGAGUGCAGGAAGGAGCGGCGAGAGUCUCGUCUCAGCUCUAAGAGAAGUUCAGAGGACCGUCACACCUCCAGAGAGGAACAGCAAAGGCUUCUGGGAGCAGGAAUAACAGAGUGCCCGUCCGUUCAGAGCUACACCUCCACGCCGAGCUGCAGUCCUCCUGCUGAGCACACAGAGAAGACGUAUGAUGAGAUGCAGACUGACGGAUGGCCAGCCGAGCGAGUGAAAGCAGACGUGGACACGGCUGCGCAGGAGCAGGGCGCCGCUGAAGAGGAGGAUCUGGACUGUGACGUCACGUAUGGAGAAGUGGAGCAGAGACUAGACCAGCUGCAGGAACACCUGAGCAGGUUAGAGUGUCAGAUGACGUCAGACAUUCAGAGCAUCCUGCAGCUGCUGCAGAGACAGACGUGUUUAGGACCUCCGGCCUACAGCAGCCUCACAUCGGGCCCCGAGUACAAGAGACCCGCCAUCAGAGUACAACCAGUCGCUUCCCUGCCCACCGACCCACAGCAUGCUGACCUUUUGUCCACGACAAAGAUCCAUGCGAACCCCAAAGACUCUCUGUCAGCUCUGGCCCUUACGGACUCCAGGCCGAAGCCGAGCCACGGGACACGCUCUUCCCAGGACUCCAGCUCCACGUACCGCUUCACGAACAGCCAGACUCUUCCUCUGACGCGCCAGCAGUCCAGAUCCCAGCUCCACAGACCGCCCUCUGACCCAGGGCUGCACUGACCGGGACGUCCCACAGCUCUUACACACCUCCUUGGAGGCAGAAGAAGAAAAAAAACAGGCAUCGGCCAAAUCUUAUGAUAUUAAUGCAGCUUAAGACUCACCGCCGGCUCUUGCCUGUACAUUUGCUUCCUCUCGCUUCUACGCUCCUCGAUGCCGUCGAGGACGAUCUGGAACGGAUUCCCGGACAACACUUCCGUUUUCAGGAAGUCAAAGACAUUUCUUGGAGCGUCUUGGACACUUUCCCACAUACAUGUGUUCUGCACACUUUCACACUGGCGUGAGACUCAGGACAUGGAUGAAUCUCGUCCCCUGUUUUAUCAUUACCGUUCUAAAUUAUAACGAUGACAUUUUUACACUUCCAUUUGCAGAACCCUGCGGUACGGUGUGGUCCAUUUUUAUUCAAUUUCUUUGCAUUUAAAGCAUUUUUUUUACAACAUUUGUACGUCAUACAAAAUUUUUUAAGCAAAUUUUCAAAAUAAAACAUUAAUUUGACAAAAAUCAAAUUUUAAAUUAAUGACAAAAACGUCAAACUCCCCACAAAUAGUAAAUAAAUGUUGAUUUUUAUUCAUUAAGUUCAUUUUAUAUCCAUGCUUCAUAUGUAAAGUGCUUUGAGUUAUGGACCCCACUUGUAAAAAUUAUUAUUUUUAUUGUUUAGAUUUUUUUUUUUUUUUUUUUUUUUUUACAUUUUAUUAAAUGAAUGCAGAUUUAAUUAAAAUAUUUAAUCCAUUAAAUUUUUAUUUAUAUUUAUUUUUUUCAUUGUCUAAUUUAGUAAAAGUUUCACUGGAAUGACUUUUUUUUUUUUUUACAAAAAGUUAAUUUGAAUUCGAAAAACGUUAACUUGCCAACUUUCGUCAAAAUUCAUUAAUUCGUUAAUUAAUCAUAAAAUCUCUCUCAGUUUUGGAUCUCGCUAUUGCAAGUACCGGUUCGUUGGCGUUUGUUUUAAUUCGGUUUCAUUUGUGGAAUCGCACUUAGCUGCCAUGUACAUACAUGAUACCCCUCUAUUAAACGAAAAGGCAUGCAUGGCUGAAGGUUUUUACGUGUUGCAUGUGUACUGCAACGUGUUGGGAAGCGGGUUUUCUGUAUGUCGGCAUGUUUCAGAGCUAAUCACUGAAUGCACUCCUCUCUGAUUGACUGGGUUUAUUUGCACACGGUCAUGCUAGCUUGAACCAAACCCUGCACGACAUGAAACAACGACACCGAGCAGCUCCUUUGCAAGCACUGGCGUAUAAGACAGCCUCAUGUGUAGUAAUAAUAAUAAUAACAAUAUGGAAUACAAACAAAUGUGAGAAGUAAUGAAUCAUAGACACUGAUGCACAGAAAAUAUCGAUCGUUCAUGUUUCCCGAUUUUUGUCACACGCCACUGUUUGCAAAGCACACGUUAGUCUCUUAUGUAGCUACAGUACGAAUAUAUAUGCAUAAUAAAAUAUUUAACUUCUGGUGAGAAAAAAAAUGUUGGCUUCGUUCGGAAUCUUCUUGCAACAAAAUCACUUUGUUUUCCAAAUAUAUUUAGCGUAGAGAAGCUUCUGUGGCACAUCCUGCUAGCAAUAAUGAUAAAACACCGGAUCUUCGCUCUCAUGUUUCUCGUCUAAAAGUCGAUUUGCUGAUUUGCGUUGAAAAGAUUGUAACACUCACUGCCUAACAUCAUCUGAGGGGAUGUUUUUGCACCUCUUUUUUUUGUUCUGCAAUAUUAGUACCUAAAAAAUGUACAUUUAUACCCAAUAAACUGGAUUUUUUUUUUUUUUUACGUGCAUUAAACUCUUUCGCGAAUUACUUUGUCGAUAUGUCGCAGCUCGGCUUCCAAGCUGCAGCUUUGAUUUGGUUUAUUUUUGUACGUCACUGCGAAGCGCUGCGUUUGGGAUCACGGGGGAGGGGGGGGGAAGUAAAUUGCACAGGAGCGUCGUCGCACGCAAGCGAAUAUCAGAUCCGCCGAUGAAUGCAAUAAAUUUGGGAUAUCGUUCAUUUCUGCACUUUAUUUUAAAACGCUUCGAGCCCUUAUAAUAAGCACUAGCGACCUCUGCGUGAAUGCUUGAGUGCGUGUGAGGUUACGUAUGCCUCUUUAAUUUGGUCAUUUUAUUUUAUUAUUGUGUGGCGUUUGCUGCAUAACAAAUCAUAUUGAAGACAGCCGGAGGCGGAGGUGGUAUUUAAUUUUUUUUUUUUAAUUUGGGACAUUGAAAACUGUUGUUAAAACUGCAAACGUUUGCACGCAUCACUUUUUAUCCCAGUGUUUCACUCGGACUGACAUGUUUUUUAUAGUUUGCACUGUAUAGUUUGUACACCGCAAUACUCUACAGGUGUUUUGAAUGUGUCUGUUAUUUAAAGAUUUAUUUAUUAUAUAUAUAUUUGAUGCAUUUACUUUAGGCGAUGACUUUUGACUAACUGUAUAAACAAGUAUAUAAAUAAAAGGAAUGCAUAUCAGUUUUGCGCUUCCUGUCGUUUCUGCGGCUGAGUGCAAAUGAUCUUUUUUUAAGAAAAUUAAAUGUUAAUUUAACACUCACGGCACUGCUAUAAAAACCUGGUUGUCUAUAUGAAAUGCUAUUUUAAUAUUGAGACAUUUUUAGGAUACAUUUUCGGGUUUUGGACUUUUGUUUUAUGCCUUUGACAUUUUCAUUCAUUUUUAUCUAUUUUUUAAUUCUGAUAUCUGUGUCAAGGCAACAUUUAAAAUUUUUCCUUUAGAUUUUUGAAGUUCAAGUUUAACACAAAAUAUGAAUCAUUUAUUUUAUUCCGGCUUUAUUUCAAUCAACAGAAAUGUUAUCUAGCUAUUCAAGUUUUGGCCAAAAAUUCGACUAUGAUGAGAAAUGCCUACAUUUAUGAAAACCCCCGCUUAGUCUAAAUGCCUUUAUCCCCAAACCGGAAAAAAAAAAAAUGGUGCAGAAACAAUUUUCACAAUUAAUUACAUAACUACAUCAGUAAAAAGUGUCUUCUUGUAAAGCAUACUCCAGCAAUAUUUUUACGACAUCAAGGGGAAAAAAGCGGCGAAUUAAAACAUACAGCGUGCUUAACUUAAAAAAUUAAUUUCAGAUUCAAUCGUAUUCAAAAAUAUAUAUUAUUAUGAUUAAUAAAAAGUGUCUUAGCUCAAACAAAGCAUGUCUUUUAUAGUAGAUUUUAACUCGAAAUAUUCAAGUAAAAAGACAAAUUGCAUUUUCUUAAAAUGCAUUGCAAUGAUCUUUUUUGUGUUUACAAUUUUUUUAUAAAACUAAUUCUUGCAUUAUAAUCAGCCAACAUUCAAAAAUGCAUUUCUUAUAUUACAUUACAAUAUAUGAUACUAUAUUAGAAGGGUUAGGUAUAAUGCAUUAUGUCUCCAUCUAGUGUUUCAUAUUUCAAAAUGACACUGAACAGCUUAUUUGCAAGCACUGGCGUAAAAGACAGCAUUGUGUGUAAUAAUAAUAAUAAUAAUAAUACAAACAAUGCACAGAAAAUAGCGUAGGGGAGUAUGAUGUAUGAUUUUUGUCACACGCCACUGUUUGCAAAGCACAUGUUAGUCCCUUAUGUAGCUACAGUAUGAAUAUAUAUGCAUAAUGAUAUAUUUAGCAACUUCUGGUGAAAAAAAAAAGCUACACUAAUGUUGGCUUCAUUCAAAAUCUUACAACAAAAUCACACUGUUUUCCAAAUAUGCUUCUAGAGAAGCUUCUGUCACACAUCCUGCUGGCAGAAAAGUGUAUAUACAAUAUAUAUAUAAAUGUGUGUGUGUGUGUGUGUGUGUGUGUGUGUGUGUGUGUGUGUGU